CAGCGCGGCGAUCGGCGGUGCGCUGUGUCCCACCGAUCCACGGAAAGAGCCGAAGAUGUCGGCUCGGUCAUGUGAUCAGCUGUGUCCAAUCACAGCUGAUCACAUGAGGGGACAUGUACACUGAUCAUCAGAGCACUGAUGAUCUGUGUAGCCCCAGCAGCGCCACCUGUCAGUGUCCAUCAGUGCCAGCUUUCAGUGCUCAUCCAUGCCACCUGCCAGUGCCCAUCAGUGCCACAUCAAUGCCACAUAUCAGUGCCCAUCUGAGAUGCCUUUCAGUGUCACCCAUCAGUGCCAGUCAGUGCCACCUAUCAAUGCCAGUCAGUGCCAGUCAGUGCUGCCUAUCAGUGCCAGUCAGUGCCGUCUAUCAGUGUGCAUCAGUGCCACCUAUCAGUGCCCGUCAGUGCUGCCUAUCAGUGCCGCCUAACAGUGCCAGUCAGUGCCCCCUAUCAGUGCCGCCUAUCAGU